CGCCGCCAGAGUGCCUUGCCGCCAGAAGACGCUUGCAGUUGAAAUUAAGUUUCCUAGCCCUAGCUUCCUUUGGGCAUGAUCUGCUCGCCAGGCUCCAGGCGUCAGUUUACAGUUGAAAUUGCAGCUUACGGUUUCUAUCAGAAUGCAGCAGAAUAAUAUCAAAACCCUCAAAAGACCUUUGAACUUAGGGAUGGCAGGUACAACAAAUUUAACUGGCUGAUCCGAUCCCAGGGAUUGGCAUGUCAAACAUGCUGAAUGCAGUCUUUGUUCCACUCUGCUUUCUGCAGGGGAUAUUACUUGCAUUUGUAUUGUUCUUGCUAAUUUGUUCACAGCAAUUACUGUGCCACACUCUUAGAGCUUUGUUUAUUUGCGUAAUAUUCUGAGAUAUUAAUUUCACAAGCAUCCUAGUAUUGCAUGCCGUUUAUAGGUUUCACAUUGAGCUUGCCUUACAUCUCAAGAUUUUAAGGUGAACUACGCUGAAAUUGACCCAUCUUCUUUGUUCCUACUGGCUCUAUUGUUUCUGGGCAUAUCAUAACAUGGUGAUAUAUAUAUUUUCAUUUCCCCUAAACUUUCUCACCACAGAUAAAAUCGAACAAACGUCCCCAUGUUGUUUGAUUCUAAUCAUCCUAGAGUUCAUUCCAUUUCCAACAGAGCAAUAAGCAUCCUAUUGAACUUUUAAGGUGUUAUAUCUCUCUUGGAAAAUGAUUCCUCGGACAGAACUGUUGGCUAUUUUGGCCCUGACACUUCUGAGAACCGUUCAGGCCAGUCCCGGCUCUCCAAUCACUUCCGAUACUAGGGCUAAUCAAGGAGAUCUCUCACCGAUCGGACCUCUUCGCUUCCGUCGAGAUAUCCAAGAUGCUACCGCUCCCAUUGUCGCCAUUGCCACAGACGAUUCUUCAGGAAAAGUUGAGAUACCAGAAGCCAUACAAGUGCAAUGGCAAGAUGAAGACGCAAAGGACAAUGGGUAUCCCAUACUCAUUCGUCGCAAUCCACUCAUGCCGCCAAAGGAACCCCCAUUUGGUCAAAGCUCGGGAAAAUCAUGCAACUCCGGAACAUUAGGCUGUCAACCGACGAAGUUUCGUAUGAGAGCCCGUGAUAACGACUUCGAGGAAGAAGGAGCAGACCGAACUGUGCUUGCUGCCGCCGUCCCUCCUCCACAGCUUAUUCCAGCAUCUCCAAGCAUCAACCCAUCGGCCGGCAAAGAAGAGGAUUCAAUACUAAAGACGCCGCUCUCUCGCCUUCAAUCUGGCGAAAAGGACACGUACCCGAACCCGGAUUGGUUUCCCCUAAAGCCAGAAAAACGGCCCCCUCCACCGCCUGUCCGCGCUGGACCUGUCAAUGCCUUUACGGAUGACCCAAAUGCGAAAGACCCAUCACCAGGUCCCAAGCAAGGGCAAUUGAUGUUCGGUCUGGGUCCUGCUGUGAAUGUUCCUCCCCCGCCAGCUCCACCGGAAGAAGGGACUGUGGAUAAGCUCCUCUCACGGAGUGGGCCGGUAUCCAGGAUUAUGAGUCUCCAAUAUCGUGAGAAAGCAGCGGAUGAGCGUAACAAUAAGGCCUCGCAAAUCCUAGACCUGAAGGUUACCAAAUCCUCAGAUUCCCCGUCGGAGGAGGUGCAGGAUGCGGCGGAUACAAUCGGAGGCGGUAUUUCUUUGACUGAACCUAGGCACCGUGAAUACCCCUCUACACCGAAACUCAACCAAAGAUCAGAAGCAGAUGCCAAUCCGCUGCCGAAACGGGACACCACGAUGUUCAUUCCACCAGGGCCAGCCAGCCGUCCGAAGCAGGGAAGUCCUUUAAGGGACAGUUGGGAACAGAGAAUCUCUCUGUGUGGAGGUGUCGAACAAUCAUUUGGUAAAUCAGCGACGUGUGUCAGAUGGGCGGACAGAAAACCGAACAGGAGCCUAUAGAAGGUUUCAUCCUUGUCAGCGGAUUCUGAGGUGGGCACUAAGGGGAAACAAAAUCAACUGCAAAUUUUAUCCUAUUGUCCACUCGCGCCUCGUUUGCUUUCUUCCCAUUUCGAUGCAUUCCCGGGCGGGUUGAUAGAAAACCCUUUUUGCAAUUGUCACCCUUCGAUGUGGUCUUGUUAUUACUUUAUUGCUUUUGUUUCUAAAUUUUCUUCCUACUCGCUUAUAAUCCCUGCUUUUCCUUUCUUGUCUUAGGUUCGGGGUCCCAUGUUAGGUUGACACUGCGAAACACGCAGGAAAUCUCAUUGUUUUCUUAGGAGCGAGUUUCUGAACACCGUGAGAUUUUACCCCUAUCUUCUAGUUGUGGAUGCCAGCUUCACCACGAGCACUUCCGCAGCGAAUUGUCACAUGUAGCCUCCCGAAAAGAAUUAUGAGAAUUGCAACAAUUAAGUAUGGGUAUGGGAUAACAAUGACAUAGACCCUUUUGUAAAUUAUUUAAAACAAACAAAAUAUGGAGAAAAUGGCAACAUAAAAGAGCUUUAACAUAGUGCAG